UUCAUACCAAGCGCAGAAAGCCGAUCAUCAUUCAAGCAGCGAGCCUCUCAGGUGAUACAAACCUUGGAUGACAAGCCACAUUUUGUGUGCUACUCAAUGCAAAAAAAUCGAGGACUUGAAUUUUGGACUUUUCAUACCCUAUCAUUUUUUUGUGUGUGUGCUAAACCAUGGCCAAAAUUCAAAAGAAGGGAAAGAAAGGAAACGCUGCCAACUUUAUUACGAGACAGCAAGCCUUGAAGAAGCUUCAGAUCUCCCUAGCCGAUUUCAGACGUCUUUGCAUCUUAAAAGGCAUCUAUCCUCGCGAACCACGCAACAAAAAGAAAGCCAACAAGGGUUCAACCGCACCUGCUACUUUCUACUACACCAAAGACAUUCAAUAUCUUCUUCAUGAACCUCUCCUGAACAAAUUCCGUGAAUACAAAACGUUUGCCCGAAAGCUUAACAAGGUUCUUCACAAGGGCGAAUACAGCACAGCCAAGUCAUUGGAAGAUAACCAUCGCCCAAUUUACUCGCUGGAUCAUAUUGUUAAGGAGAGAUACCCGAGCUUUGUUGACGCCUUGCGUGACAUGGACGAUGCCAUUUCGAUGCUUUAUCUGUUCUCCAAGAUGCCCACCGAUAGCAAGAUCAAGGCUAAGAUGGUCAAGGACUGCCAACGUUUGAUCGCCGAGUUCCAAGCAUACGUGGCAAAGUCCAAAAGCUUGCGCAAGGUGUUUUUCUCUAUUAAGGGCAUUUACUACCAAGCUGAGAUCAAGGGUCAGACCAUCACUUGGAUUGUGCCGUAUCAAUUUGCACAGGAUGUACCAACCGACGUUGAUUUCCGUGUGAUGCUGACUUUCCUUGAAUUUUACACCACCUUGAUGGGAUUCGUCAACUUCCGUCUUUACAACGAGCUCAACAUUGCCUAUCCCCCCAAACUCGACGACACCGGCAACUUGAAUCUCGGCGCGUUGCCCGCCAGUAUGCGAAACGAUGGUGAAGACGUCGCCCCUGAGACCACUUUAGACGAGUUUAAGACGGUCGGAAACGCAGCAGAAGGAGAGGAAGAGGCAGAAUCGGAAGACGUGGCUACUUUGCGCAAAAUCCAGGAGCACUCGCAAGAAGUUUCAUCUUUGCAGCAUCUGUUCUCCAAGUGCGUGUUCUUCCUUUCUCGCGAAACGCCACGAUACGCUCUCGAAUUUAUGAUCACAUCCUGCGGUGGCCAGGUCAGCUGGGACCCAACUGUAGGUGCCAACCCGCCUUACGCUGAAGACGACGAACGAAUCACCCAUCAGAUCAGCGAUAGACCCAAGGUCAACAACCGUGUCUUGUCCCGCGCCUAUGUACAGCCUCAAUGGAUCGCCGAUUGUAUCAAUGCUCGCAAAAUCUUGCGCCCCAGCUUGUACGAACCUGGCAAUACUUUGCCCCCUCAUUUGAGUCCCUUCGUUGAAGCCAAGGAAGGUGAUUACGUACCGGAGGGUAUUGAUGAAGAAGACAAUGCAGAGGGCAGCGGAGCUGAAGAAGAAGAAGAGGAGGAGGAGACUGGCGCUGCUGCAGAGGCCGAGAAUGAAGAGGAUGAAUACGAGCGCGAGCUCAAGGCCGAAGCUGCUGGUGUCACUUUCUCCGAGUACCAGAGCCCCGCGGAAGGCAAGAAGUCUGCCAAGGGCAAGAAGCGAACUGCUACUGACGUCGAGGAAGCAGAACGCAAAGAAAUGGCACAUGUGAUGAUGACCAACAAGCAAAGAAAGCUGUACGAGAAGAUGAAGUACAGCAAUCAACAGAAGGCCGACGAGGUUGCCAAAUUGGAGCGCAAGAAGAAGGCUCUCAAGAAGGCCAAGAACUAGACUUUGCAUUUUUCCUCUCCCUUGUUUCUCAUUCUUUUUUUUUCCUUCCUUUCCAUGUAUACAUAUAGCAAACGCAGUUUCUUUUAUUUAAAGACAAAAAGCCAAAAGCAUUCCCUC